AAAAUGUGGUUUACCAUAGUGUCGUGUAAUAGAGAUACCAUACUGUCCUGUGUCCAUAUUCACUAUAUUCAUUGUUCUCUACAACGACGUUCACCACCAUUUUUAAAUCCAUGAGUGUUUAGUUUCUUGGUUAACUUUUCUAUUAUAUUUAUUAAUUAUUAUAUUUCAGUUUCCAAGUCGAAAUUCGUUAAAAAUGGAAGGUUCCGAUGUUCCAUUAUCUAAGAAGUAUGUAUAAAGCUUGCAAUAGUACAUGUUUUAGAUUUAUAAAAUGUUUACUUGCAUGUAAAAUACAUGUGACGUAUCGGGUAAUAUCAUCCCUUGAUUUAAGCCUUGAGGUUAGGUUAGUCUCAUUAUUUAAAUAAGAUUAGACAGACAAUAAACUAAUGUUAGUUAGAUUUAUAAUUUAAAACUAUAUACAAUUAUAAAUGUGUUUAUGAGGGUAUGUGUAAAAAAUUUAAUAUUUCAGACAAGAUUGAUAUAGGCAUUGUGUCAGACACAAAGAUCAUAAUGUAUCAGAAAGAAUGCACAAAAAAAAGAAAAUUAUACUAUAAAAAUUAAAAUAAUACCAAAUCAUUAUUUAAUUUUAUGUGGUCUAGUAAUAAACUUUGACCAAAACAAUUUUUAGUUAUUCAUUAAAUUAAUGAAACUUGAUUUCUUAAUAGUUAGAUUUUUAAAAUCAAAAAUAAUAUAGAUUUAUCACAUUAAUAUAUAGAUAUAAAUAGUUAAAUUUGUAUAGAAUCAAAAGUAGAAUGGAUUUAUUAUGCUUGUGUUUUAAACAGUUGUUUGACGAUAUCCGUUUAUGGAAUAGUUAUUGAUUAUAUACAGGGUUAACAAAAAAAGUGCUUAAUAUUUUUAUAUUACUUUUUAUUUAUAGCCUUUAUAAAUCUUAAUAAGUACUUUGAGUGCUGAAAUGAGCACUUAGAAAUAUUUUAUAAAUAAAGAAGUACUAAUAAGAAGCAUUUAAAAAAAAUUAUUUAAUUAAUCAUAAAAAAGCACUUUUAAAUCUCAUAAUAGGAUUCUUAAAUUUUUAACUACACUUGAUUGCCAUAUGUCCAGUGAUGAUCAAUGCAAUAAGUAGAUAUGCUAAUCAAAACAAAUUAAUAAUCAAUAAAUUGAUGAAUACAAAGGCAAAAUUAAUUAAAAUUAAUAAGGAAAAAACAUAUGGUUUUUCGUUAUAGAUUAAAAACAUAAAAUUAAACAUAAAAAAAACUAUUGAAAUAAUCAAAACAACACAUAUAAAUUUAAUAUUCAGACAACUUGUAACAUGACAUUAAUUUUCAUUCUGUUUGAUUUAAUGACUUACCUAAAAAAUAAGUUUUAUCCCUAUUUAACAUAAUGAUGGUAUAAUAUACCUAAUAUAAUUUAUGUAAUAAUGUAAAAAAUAAAAACUUAAAAUAUAAACAAGAUAUACUGUACACUAUUUUUUAAUUAAAUAUUAUACCUUUUAUUAAUAAUCAUUUACUGUUCUAUUAUAUAAUAAUGAUUCAUUUUAUUCAAUUUCUAUAUUUUAUGAUAUUAAUGAAAAUAUUUAAGUUCAUUCUCUGUUCAGCUUAAAUAUCUAUAACUUCAGUAUAUAUAUAUAUUUAUUUAUUAUUUAGUGAGUUAAAACGGAGGUUGAAAGCAGAACAAAAAGCUAAAGAGAAAUUGGAAAAAAAAGCUUCUGCAACUGUUCAAAAAAAACAAUCGGCUGUAAAAAAAGAAAACGAUGUAUCUGAUGCUACUAAAUCUGCAGAUAUCAGCCCUAAUGUGAAAAUAUAGCACAAUGUUAUUAAACAUAAUUAUAAUUAAUUAAAAAUAAUAAUUUUUUAGGAAUUCUUCAGUUUACGUUUACAAGCUAUUGCCCAGAUGAAAAAAAACGGAGAAGAACCUUAUCCACACAAAUUCAAUGUAACUAUAUCUCUGGAAGAGUUCAUUGAAAAGUUUAAUACUUUGGCUGAAACACAAAUUUUACAUGAUGAACAGUAUAGUGUUGCGGGUAUGUUUUAUAUUUAUAUAUAUAUAUGGUGAUUAAUCAUAUAUGAUUGAAAAGGAUGAUAUAGAGAAAAAUUAUUCUGAGGAGAGCUUGGUUAAAAGUAUUGCUUUUUUUUAACACUAUGUGUAUUCACAACGAAGAUUGUUAAAAUAAAUUUAAUAAUUAAAACUUGAAAAUAACAAAAUUAUAAAUAAAAAUGGUUGCUAAUGACGACUUUACUUUUAAUCUUUUAAUACUUUUUCUAACUAAAGAAUCAGCUUUCCUCAUUAUCUAGAAUAUUAAUGAGCAUUUCUAAAAAAUGGUAUUUUUAAAAACUAUGUACUAACUAGAGCCAAAAUGCCACAAAAAAAAGGUCUUUUGUCAUGUUGUGAUUGGAGCAAGAUUUCUAGAUGAAAAGAUUUUUAUAGACAAAAAAAAUAAUAUAUAUCUUAAUAAAGCAAAUAUAUUCUUUACUUCACUUAGAAUUUUAUCUGAUUAAUUCGAGUUGAGCCUCGAAUUAAGUUCGAGCCUUGAGUUAAUAUCUCUGUUUAUGUUUUGAGUGUUCUUAGACCUCUCAAGCCCCCUCAUUUUCGUCAAUAUUGAAAAUAUUAAUAGUAAAGAAUGCAAUCUAGUACAUUUUGUUAGGAAUUAAAAAAGAAAAUUGUUGACAUUUAAUAAUAACUAAUUUUAUAAAUAUGGUGUGGAACCUAACCUAACCUUAAUAUUGUUAUUAAAAAGUUUAUUUAUAUAUCUUAUGAAACGAUAAUAUUUAAGUUGAGUGUUUUUAUAUUUUUGUGUAUACUUUAUGCCAGCAGUUUCCAAACCAUGGGCUAUGGUCAAUUUGGUACUGGGCCUCAGAUGCUGGUUGAAGUCAAUAAUAUACUAUUUUAAUAUAAACGUCUAUAUUUCUAUUGAGAUUUAGUAAUAAUCCCACAAUUAUUGCUAUUAUACAGUUUUAUUGAUUGUCUUUUUCUUAUAUGGUAUUUUAGAAUAUUUUUAUCAUUUUUAUUGUAUUUUAUCACUCUAUGGUGGGGAUACAUACUAAAUUCUGAUAUUGAUUCUCUCUUAAGAGAAAAACAAUGUCAAAAAUUACAUUGAUUUUAUUUUUUAACUUUAACCAAUUAUUGUACACAUUAUUGAUGCAGAGUUAAUAGUAAUAGAUAUAAAGUACAUUAAAUAAAAAAAAUUAGUUAGGUUAGGUAGUUUUUAUCCCCAAAAAAAUUGUGUUUUACUUUUUGGGGUUAAUAACCCCUAGGUUUGGACCGCUACUGCAGAGUUUAUUUUUGAAAAUUUGAAAAUUUGAACGCAUCACACAUUUAUAUCUGAUAAUUAGUUUCUAAGUAACAGCCAUAUUAAAUUCUACUAAUUCAUGUGAAACCCAAUAUUGGAAAAUUAAGAAUUUAUACUGGCUGUUACUCAGAAACUAUUCACCAGAUAUAAAUGUAUGAUUCAUUAAAAUUUCUAGAUAAUAAUAAAAUAAAGUUAUUUUCUGAGUUUAGUGAAGAAUCGGGCAUGUGGCCAGAAAAUUUCUACUAGGGAGGGACAAUAAUUUUUGGUCAUUUUAUCAUUUUCUAUAAUUUUUCCCAAUGAAAUUAUUGUAAGGAGCUUCUCCCUUAUUCACCCUUAGGUCAUACAAAGAAUAUUAUUGAUUUAUAAUUUACUUUAAGUUGGGAGUUGAUUAAAACAUUUUUUUUUUUAAUAUUACUAAUACAGUAAUAAAAAAAAAUAAAUACAGAAUUACCUAUAUCUUCAUUUUUGGAAUACAUUUUUCAUGCUAAAAAUAAAUCCAGCUACAUAUUUAGAAUAUAAGCUGAUUAAAUUUCUAAACUUAUAUUAAUAAAAAUUAAUUUAUACUAAUCAAACAUAAUAUUGAUAGUUGAUUUUUAAAUUAACUAAUUUUUAAACAAACUUACAUUUUUUAAAAAUAUUACAUGUCAUAUAAGUAGAACAUAAUAAUGUACCUAUUAUAAGUAAUUAUGUUGAAAAAUUCAAUGUAAAAUAAUUUUUCUGUUUUUCUGAUAUUGCGAAAACAAUUGUGCAAAAAUAUGUAAAUCUAGGUUUUUAGAAAAAAAUUUUCUAUGCUUAUUGAAGCCAAAUUAUUUAAAUGAUAAUUUGUCAUUUGAUUCUUCUUGUAAUUUUUCAGUCCUCUGAGACCUAAAAUGAUCUUUCUCAUACAGCACUGGAUACUGGAAUAGUUAUUAUAAUAAUAGUUAGGCUAUAGGUUUCAUUGAAUGCAAACUUAUACUUUUCAAGCAGUUCAAUUAGAUUUAUCAAGUUGUUUAUUUUAUUUUAUUUUAAAAUUAUAAUGAAUUUGAUAUUUUUUAAUAGUUGUUGGUAAAAUUUUUAGUUCUGCCCUUAGAUUGGGCUAAUCUAUUAUUGUUUAUAAAACGGGUAUUUUUAUUAAGACUUUAUUAUUUAUCUUUUUCACAUGACUAUCCACGAAUAUAAAAAUUAAUUAUUAUUAUUAUAAUAAUUGUAUUACCUUGUAGUAAUCACAAUAGAUGUAUUUCAAUGUGCAUAAUCACAUUUUUGAUAAUUUGUUAAAAAUAAUUAUAUUUUGAAUUUGAAGGGUUUGGCUCUGGGUGAGAAUAAAUUUAAGGUGGGUUCCACCCACCUUAAACUUUUACGUGCCUGUGAAUAAUUAAUGUAUUGGUUUUACAAAGAUGUAAUAUUUUUUUUCUUUUAUGUGAACACUUUCUACCAGAAAGCUUACUCUGAUUAUCAAAUGUAGAACCUUUCGAAAAGGAAAUGUAUUCUGGGUGGUACUUUAGAAAGGUCAUUUUUUGAAAUCCUUAUAAAUAUUUGAGAUAAUAAGAAAAACCUGGUUCUUUAUGUUAAAAAAAAUUGAAAGAUUAAAAAUAAGCUCGUCAUUUGCAAUUGUUUUUAUUUAUUUUUUGUUCAAUUUUUAUCAUUUUAAUCUUUUUUAAACAAUCAUUCUUUUCAUAUCAUUGUAAUCAUUUUACCAAAAUAUGACAUAUAUUGUUGAAAAAGCAAUACUAUCAUCUGAACUACACUUAGAAUUAUUUUUCAUUAGCAAUGGUUUAUCCUUGCUUACAGAAAUAUACAUUAAAUUCCCAUCUGUAUUUAUCUUCCCAACUUCUCACCUACAAGAGUAGCUGCAUCCCCACAUGAAGUAUGUUGUCCUUUUUAUUUAUAAAUUGUUUCACUUAAAGAAAAAAAAAAAAUUAAAAUGUAAAUAUUUAUGGUCCUCAUCCCUGUGAGUAAUAUAAAAAAACAGAAUUUGAUAUCUUUAUUAUCUCUGGAGACAUUCAAGGGGUAUAUCUUCAUGGGACAGCCUGUAUAUAUUGGUCAUACAUAUAUAAUAGAUGUCUGUUUGUUUUUAUUUUUACUUGUAUACUAAUUUAGUGAGCUUCAAAAUUGGUGGUCUGCAUAACUAAAAAGGUUGAGAACUGCUGCCAUUUGUAUUUAAAAUAUAUUAUUUAAAAUUUUCGUAUAAAAAUGUUAGUUAUUUAAUGCCAUAAUAAAAUGAAUGCAUUUUUUUUGUUAUAGGUAGAGUUCAUGCCAUUCGAGAAUCUGGUCCUAAAUUAAUAUUUUACGAUUUACGUGGGGAAGGUGUAAAAAUCCAAGUGAUGGCAAAUGCUAAGCAAUAUGCAACUGAAGAAGAAUUCUUUGCAGAUACCUCAAAAGUGAGGCGUGGUGAUAUAAUUGGUGUUAUGGGUAGCCCAGGAAAAACCAAGAAAGGAGAAUUAUCUAUUUUCCCUAAAAACAUAAAAUUGUUAACUCCAUGUUUACACAUGUUACCCCAUCUACAUUAUGGUCUAAAAGAUAAGGAGACUCGAUAUAGGCAACGUUAUUUGGAUUUAAUCAUUAAUGAACAUGUGCGUAAUAAAUUCAUAGUAAGGGCAAAAAUAAUCUCCUAUGUUAGAAGGUUCUUGGAUAAUUUAGGAUUUCUUGAAAUUGAAACACCUAUGAUGAAUAUGAUUGCCGGAGGAGCCACUGCUAAACCAUUUGUCACACAUCAUAAUGAUUUGAAUAUGGAUUUGUUUAUGAGAGUUGCACCAGAACUGUAUCACAAAGUAAUUAUAAUUAUUACACAUUUUAUUUUACAUUGUUUUUAUUAAUUUUAUUUUUUUAUAAUUUAAAUUGAUUAACAGAUGCUUGUAGUGGGAGGUAUUGACCGUGUGUAUGAAAUUGGCAGACAAUUCCGUAAUGAGGCAAUUGAUAUGACUCAUAAUCCUGAAUUCACUACUUGUGAAUUUUAUAUGGCAUAUGCCGAUUAUAAUGAUCUUAUGCAAGUAACCGAAGAUCUUUUAUCGGGUAAGUUUUAUUAUUAGAAAAAAAAAUUAAAUUAAUGAUAAUAUCAUUAAUAGUGUAUUAUACUAAAUUAAAUUAUUACAGGUCUGGUAAAAAGUAUUUAUGGUGCAUAUAAAAUAAAAUAUCAUCCUGAAGGUGUCGAUAGCAAUACUGAAGCAGUAGAAAUAGAUUUUACUCCACCUUUCAAGAGGAUUUAUAUGUUCCCAGCUUUAGAAGAAGCUCUGUCAGUAAAACUCCCUAGCCCUACUGAAUUAUCUUCAAGUGGAGUUAAUAAAUUACUCAGUGAUCUUUGUGUAAAACAUGAAGUAGAAUGCCCUCCUCCUAGAACUUCAGCUAGACUAUUAGACAAGGUAAAAUUGAAAAUACAUUAUUUAAUAUUUAUAAAUGUUAUUAAACAAUAGUGUGUACUUAAAUAAUUUAAAGCUUGUGGGUGAAUUUCUUGAAGAAAAAUGCAUAAAUCCAACAUUUAUAUGUGACCAUCCACAAGUGAUGUCGCCCUUAGCUAAAUGGCACCGAUCCAUUCCUGGUUUAACCGAAAGAUUUGAAUUAUUUGUUAUGAAAAAAGAAGUAUGUAAUGCUUACACUGAGUUAAAUGAUCCUAUGAUUCAGAGAGAUCGAUUUGAACAACAAGCAAAGGUAAAUUUUUUGUUUCCUUUAAAAUUAUAUUCAUAUAAAUCAUGUAAAGUAUUAUUUAUAAUCCAUGGUAGGAUAAAGCAGCUGGUGAUGAUGAAGCUCAAUUGAUAGAUGAAAACUUUUGUACAUCAUUGGAGUAUGGUUUACCUCCUACAGCUGGUUGGGGUCUUGGUAUUGAUCGUCUAACAAUGUUUUUAACAGAUUCUAAUAAUAUUAAAGUAAGUUAAAUAUUAGUGAUUAGUGUUAAUGUUAACUUUCAUUAAAAUAAACCACUAGUAUUGUUCAAUACAAUCAAUUAACAACUUUUUUUACGAGAGAUUUUGCUUGGGUCAUUAACUUUAGAGUUGAUGGUUUCUAAUAAAUAUUUUUGUCUUAUUGGUGCAAUAAGGAUAAAUUAUUUCCACCCAGUGAAAAUGCAAUAACAAUUGGUUUUAUUGGUUCUUAAUUAUACAUUUUUAAUAUUUCAGGAAGUACUAUUUUUCCCAGCGAUGAAACCAGAUGAUCCGAAUAAAAACAAAGCAGAAGAUGAAAAUUCUACAGUGUAAAAACUAUGAAAUGUAACUAUUAAGUUAUAAUAAUUUCAAUAAAAUAAUAAUUGAAUAAUAGUAGACGUUUAUUAUUUCACCAGUUUCUUGCCAAAAAUUAUUAACAGCUAGAAGGUUAUUGUUCAGAAAAUUACAUUAAAGUUUUUUAAAAAAUUAAUUUUUGGUCUCAAUUCUGCAAAAUUUUUAUUUUAUAGAUAAUUAAAUAUAUAUAUUUUUUAAUGAAUGCUCAUAUAAAUGCAUAUAAUGUAUUUUUGUCAUUAUGUUGCAACCCAUUAUUUUUUAUUAUUUGAGUAUUGCAUGUAAGUAGGUUAAUUUAUAAUGAGUUUUGCUAGAUAGUAAAAUAAUUAUUACUAUUUGUUUUGACUGGAAAAAUCAAUAUUGAUAAAAUAGUUAUUUUCUCAUUGGAUAUACUUAGAUUAUCACAAUAAAAUUAUAUACUAAUUAACAAUGUUUUUACUUUGAAAUUAAUUUUUUUUAUAGGUAUAAUAAUUGUGUUAACCAUAAAAAAUA